CAGGUGAUCUCACACCAUUUUUUGAUGAGACGACCUUAAGUAAGGAGUCCAUAUAUGUUAGUUGUUUUAUUAAUUGAGCUAUUAAACUCAUGUAUGGAAAACGUUUUACGGUGAGACCGUGAGAAUUUGUACCAGUUUUAUUUAUGCUAGUGGCCUUGAUAUUCAAUUUAUGGUUUUUGUACAUUAAUGGAAUUUUCCAUACUAAUCCUUGGGCCUCUGAUAUUUAAGUUUAGAUGAAUUCCACAUGAAAGGAAACCACCAAGCGGCUAAUACAAAAUUCAGUGUUUAUCUGCUAAAGAAGAGUCAGCAGACUAUAAAUCUUUGUCUAGUUCAGUACAGUCAAUUUCCAUACCCACCGGCCACCAAGCCACAAUUAUUGAACUUUUCCAAGGGACUAAUAAUAAUAUCUAUUUCCCCUUUUGUGUAUGUAAUGAGUGGUUGAGUACAGUGCAUAACUAUGAUAUAGGUUUGCAGCAAUAAUGUUGCAGCUAUGCUUCCUUUUAAGCCUCACCACCCAUCUAGACUAUUCUACAUUACCAAUAUCUGCCUUUCGCUAAGAAAUUCUACUGGACAAUCACAUACAGAACUAACUAUUCACAAAUCACAAAUCACAAAUUAACAGCCACAUCCGCCUAUGGCAGUUGAAGCAGUGCUGUCUGUGGUUAUCCAGAAAGUCACAUCUCUCUUGAUCCAGGAAUCUGUGAUUUUUGACAAAGUUAUAGACCAAGUAGAAGAUAUUCGACUAAAGCUUCGAGAGAUGCGAGGAUUCCUAACAGAUGCUGAGGAGCGUCACAAUGAUAAUCAUGACGCAAAAAACUGGGUUCAAGUAUACCUUACAACUAUAUAUCAUGUAGAGGACAUGGUUGAAUCCUAUGUCCUUACAUUAGCACGAAAGAAAAAGGCAAGAUGUGCUUCUAUCAAAGGUAAGAUUCAUGAGAAUGGAAUCUUGCUGAAUUAUGGACUCUUCUUCCAUGAUAGGAUAGCCUGCCAGAAAGUUAGGAGGGAAAUGAAUCGAAUUGAGGAGGAGAUAACAAAGCUGGAGGGGAAAAGGCCAGGUAUUGUUGAGGAUGCAAGUUUGAGAAGCAUGUUUAUCCGUGUGGAGAAGAUGCAUGAGCAAGGUGAUGUCAGUGAUUCUUACAAAGAGGAAAAUUCUGAUUUUGUUGGCUUCGAGGACUUGAAAGAACAACUAGAGAGAAGAUUGACCGAUGAGUGUGCUCAUGAGAUAAUUAGUGUUGUUGGUCCUUUAGGCUCAGGGAAGAGUACUUUGGUAAAAAGGAUUUCUAAUCUUAAGUCAGUCUCAGAAAAAUUUGUAUGUCAGGCUUGGCUUGAUGUCUCUGAUGAAAAGCUAGAUUUUAUGGAUCUCUUGCGUCGACUAUGGAAUCAGGUUAAUGAAAAGGGUGAUAAAGAAUUCAUUGUUAGUGAUGAAGGACAGCUGAAAAACACCCUAUCUGAGUUCUUGAAGAGGAGAAAGUACCUGAUAGUUUUUGAUGAUAUAAGAGAGAAGAAAGUAGCUGGUGAUAAAGGAGAGGAGAAAGUACAUGAUGAUAAAAGCGAGGAGAAAGUACCUGAUGAUAAAAGCGAGGGGAAAGUACCUGAUGGUAAAAGAGAGGGGAAAGUACCUGAUGAUAGAUGGACCAAUUUUAUACAAACCCUCCCAAAGGUGGUUGGUAGUAAAGUGGUGCUCAUUACCCGUGAAAAGAAAAUUGCUGAUAAACUAGAUAGCUAUUGUCUUGAACUUAGACUGCUAGAUGACAAUGAGAGCUGGGACUUGUUCUUAAAGAAAUUAGGUCCAGGUGGAGAUGUUGAGAAUUGGAAUCCGUUCUACAAUGAAUUGUGCCUGCAAUGUAAUAUUUUUGAAAUAUGCAAAGGCUUACCUCUCAAUAUUGUGCUCCUAGGGGGUUUCUUAUCAACCAAGAAGAUGAGCUGUAAAGAGUGGGCACGACUAUUCAACCAGGCCAACUUGUAUAGCAGGGACACAAAAAUCUGGUUACUAAGCUACACUGAUCUCCCUGCACAAUAUAAGCUUUGCUUGCUGUACUUGACACUAUUUCCCAAAGAAUUUGACCUCUCACAUAGAAGAAUAAUAAGGCUUUGGCUUGCAGAGGGAUUUCUACAACGCCCAGGAAGGGAUCUGUGUGAAGACUUUGCUGAGGAAUGUUUCAAUGAUUUAGUCAAGAGGAACUUUGUAAGGAUAUCCAAGCUUCGCUCAGAUGGAGGCCCCAAGAAAUGUCAUUUGCCUGGUUUUUUACAUGAACUUUUGACACCCAUAGCUCAAGAAAUCCGCCUUUUUCAUAUCCAUCGAUCAUCAGCUAAACAAAACAGCUUUACUGGGGUACGUAGGAUCGCAGAGUACGCUGAAAUCAAAGAUUGUAUUACAGGUCCUGACCUUCAGAAUUUGCGGUCUUAUUUGUCCUUCAGCUCUCAAAGAUAUGACAAUCCAGCUAAAGAAGUUGGCAACUUUUUACGCAAAAUCACGGGCAGUUCAGGCUUUGGACUCCUAAGGGUGCUUGACCUUGAAGGCGUAUACAAGCCAACAUUGCCUACAACACUGAAGAAUUUAUUUCAAUUGAGAUAUUUGGGGCUUAGGUGGACAUUCCUCGACAGCCUUCCAAAAUCAGUAGGUGAUCUUCCCUACCUUGAAACCCUGGACCUUAAGCGUACACAUAUCAAUGCUUUGCCAAGUUCUAUUUGGAAACUGAAGCAUCUCCGACAUAUUUAUCUUCCUGAGGUUCGUUUGGAUAUGAAAAAACGGCCUAAUUUACGACUCCUGACGCUUUGGGGAUUAGUCAUUGAUGAUAGCAGCAAUAUGGAUGGGCUGGAUCAAGUAACUCAUAUACGAGAAUUAGGCAUUACUUGCCAGCCGAAUAAACUUCAUGAUUUGAUGAACUGGAUUAAAAAUUUAACUCGCCUUCAGUCUUUACGCUUGACAUCCAAAAAUGAAUGGGGUUCCCCUUCCAACCUUCGUUUGGAGAGCUUGUCUAAAUUGAGCAAACUUUCUCACUUGAAGCUGCUAGGAGAGCUCGAAUUCAACCAUCCACUCACAUCGAACCAUUUCCCGGCACAGCUAAAAGUCCUCACACUGUCAAUUUCACACCUACAAGAAGACCCAAUGGAGAUACUGUCUCAGCUUCCAAACUUAUCUGUCCUCAGACUCCUAGCUAAAUCUUAUCUAGGCAACAACAUGAACUGCCCAAAAAAUGGGUUUCCAAAUCUUCAAGUCUUGAAGCUGUGGAUGCUGAAUGAAUUACAGGAAUGGAGACUGAAGCAGGGAGGAAUGCCCAGAAUCAGAGAGCUGAAUAUCAGAUGCUGCCAGAAGCUGAAAGAGAUUCCCACCGAAUUGCUGAAACGAGCUACCUUAGAAAAACUUAUUUUAACCAACAUGCCAGUGGAAUUUGAGGAAAAUGUUCGGAAUAAUAUAUCCGAACAUAUACUUCUCAAAAUUAACAGCUACGAUUUUACUGGUUUGCCGUGGGAAAAAGAUCCUGCUUUAUGGAAGAAGACAUCCAAAGUAUGAACUAAAUUGAUUCACUGAUUCCGGACUCCCACCCAUGAAGAGUUCUCCAGCUACAGGUUGGUGCAAUCAUCUGCUGCCUCAAAUGGAAUGUGUAACUAGUAUGAGACACUAUUAGUAUAAGCAAGUGACUUCUGACUAUUGAGUUUAUGUAUUCAGUUAUGUUUCUGUUGUUUUUCAUUAACCUUCCGUUUGUGAGAUUAAAGAUUAACUUGUUGUUACCUAACAAAAGCAGUUGGAUCCAAAAGCCAUUGAAGAAGCAUUGUGCAAGCUAAAAUAAAUUAACUUGAGGGGGAGUUUAGAAAUACAUAAGAAAAUUAAGAGAAAUAUUCGUUCAAUAUUCUGUUAAUAUUUUCACGGUAAUCUUGCCAUAAUUAAAGGGAUUUAUGUUUCCCUUGUUAGGCAUCCUAUAUAAUUAACGGCCUUCCUCAUGAGACAGAUAAUAUAAACAAUAUUCAUAAACCCUAAAACAAAGUUGUGUUAAUUUUUUCAUCAAUAUCAUCCUUCGUGGCAUUUCAUAGAACACCUUGCCUGCAAUUGAGUUAGCAUUAUGUUGGACAAAUAUUUAACUGUUCAAAUUGUGAUCAAUUAAUGCUUAAUCAACACAAAUUCUUCAACUUCAACCAUGAUCAUCCUGAUAGGCAAACCGUCUCAUUCUAGUUUAUUUAUCCCGUUUGUCAUUGAAAUGGCCAUGAAAAUUUCAGCAUUUUCCCAUUCUAAAAUAUUUAUUCCCUAGCUACCACAAACCCAAAACUUCCUACUGAAACCAAUUCCAAACACUUCAUCUCCAAAAUUUAGAUUUACUUUUUGAAAAUCUCAUUUCUCAAACUCCAAAUUAAUGUUUUAAAUAAGAAAUUGUUUUAAUAUACAAUUAAAUCUGUCUUGUUAGAAAAUGUAUGGGUAAAGCUAUAGGCAGAUGAAAACACAAAACAUUUCUCAAAAUUCUAGAUUUAGAAGUCUAGGGGAAACUUAUCUGCUUGAGACACGAUGUUAUCAAUAACCACAUGGUUGUGAAUGUCCAACUGGUUUUGUCCCUCUGGUGGGCGAAUGACUUUCUUAUGCAAAAUCAGGGCUGAUUAAGGCCUUGAUUAUGCAAGGAAUAAUGUUGUGCGGAAGCUUGAAUCAAUGACACUUACAAAAACUACAAAUGAUCAUGAAAAGAACACGAAACAAUCACGAACAGAACCAAGAAAUCCUUUCUUGAUUUUCUAAUGGUGAUCACAUGUGACCCUCCUCUAUGACCGAGACAAAACUGAUAUGUACAAGCCUUCCAGACUUUGUACUCGAGGUUUCCUUAAAGUAUUAAGGUUGCUCCACAACUCUUAACGCUCCAAGGAUCAAAGGAUACUCUGUAGCCUUUGAUGAAGUUGCCUCCAACUUCGAAGAAAAAAAACAGAAAAACACUUUUCUGAAAUACCUCAAUUAUAUUGAAUGAUCAAAUAAAACGUAAGAUGUUUAUUACAUGGGUAAGGCUCUCCUUAUAUAGAGCUUUCAACUAAUUUAACGGCUGUAUUCUAAUUACACGCCUAAUUAAAGAACACGUGCUAAUUACAAGGCUCCUAAACAACAGAAACAGAAGGCAAAAUACUUGGGCAAAUUCUGAGCUAGAAAAUCUGUCAGACAGCCCUCCUUUCACUCAAUCUCUAUGAUUCCUUGUGGACUAUCAGUGAGGUCCUGGACCCUUGAUGGCUUGUUCCAUGUACAAAGAUCACGUCCCCAGAUUUUUCAGGGUCUAGAUGGGUCGGGCCUGCGCUUAGAAGACUCAGCAAGGUCUGCUGGUCGUCAACAAAACGUUCUGGUCUGGGAUCUGCUGUCUUUUCCCAUUUCCAAGUGUGUGAUGUUGUUCCUUGGUGCUGUAUUGGCUUCCUUGCAUCCCUCACAUGAUCUUGAAGUCAAGUUUGAUCUUUGGAGAGCAUCCUUGACCCGGUUCUGCCCUUCAUGUACAAUUGGCGUAGAUGACAAGUCAGGAACAAUGUCUUGUACUUGUGGGCUGUUUGCAAGGUCUUGGUCACUUGAUACAUUUGUAUCACUUUCACAGAAUUACUCUCGAUGAUCAACUUGGCCCAAAUUUUUUCCCUGACCAGUUGUAAAGCACGCUCAAUUACUCUCAUUUCCGCGAUAGCUAGGGGUGUUUAGAAAUAUACGAUGUUAAUUCUUUGUGAGCAAUGGAAAACUGCUCUCCCUCUCAUUGAUGAAAACAGCCAUAUAAAUAUUACAACCCUAAACCAAGACUUCUAGUACAAGAAGAACUCUAUAUUCAUACAGAAUAUUUUGCAUGCCUAAUAUACAUAAGGAAUAUAUUACUUGCUUAAGAUAUAUAAACUUGCCUAAUACUCCCCCUCAAGUUGGAGCAUGCAAAUUACAAAUGCCCAACUUGUGUAACAGAAAGACAAAUUGUCGUCGACCAAGAGCCUUUGUUAGAAUGUCAGCCAACUGAUGGCCGGUAGGAACAUGAGUGGUCUGCAAAUUUCCAUUUAACAACUCAUCACGAACAAAAUGACAAUCGACUUCGAUAUGUUUAGUACGAUCAUGAAACACAGGAUUUUUGGCAAUAUGAAGAGCAGACUGACUAUCACAAAACAACUGCAUAGGCUGUUGAUGGAGAAUUCCCAAGGAGCGUAACAAGGACUUUAACCACUUUAGUUCACAAGUGGUCACAGCCAUAGAGCGAUAUUCUGCCUCUGCAGAUGAACGAGCAACAGUAGGUUGUUUCUUGGUCUUCCAAGAAAUCAAAGAGCGUCCUAAGAAUACCAGAUAGCCAGAUAAGGAACGACGAGUGAGAGGGCAUGCUGCCCAAUCACUAUCACAGAAAGCUGUCAAUGAUAAAUCACUAAUAGGACGUAAUAAUAUUCCUUGACCAGGACUACCCUUU